AUGUCUAGGAGUAAGGAAGGUCUUACAUCGCUUCUUCAUCCGAAAGACUUGCUUGCAGCAUCGGCCAAAUGUCGCAUGUGUAGCUACCUGAUCAACCGACUCAAGCACCGCUCAAGCACGAUCAGCCCAGACGCCAAGGUCGUCAUCAAUGUCCGGUACUUGAAGUUCAAGAACGAAUUGGACACCUGGCGCUCCGUAGAUCUUCUGCAGAUCCGUAUCAAAUGCGAUGGCGAGGAUUUGCCAUUGUUGGACACUGAGUGGUCCAUUUUAGCUCAUCGUGAAGAUCCUGCGGCAACAGAUAUCAAAUGGUCUCCAGUUAAUUACAACGUCGAUUCGAGUGCCGAGCAAGCUAAAUCAUGGAUCGAGCAGUGCAAGCUUCACGAACAUUGUCCCGAGCUCAGGGUCCCACAGUUGCCAACAAGAGUUUUGGAUAUUAGUAACGAAAAAGUCCGACUGCAUGUUCCUCGCAACGAGCAGCAUCAUUACUGCGCUCUAAGCUAUAGUUGGGGUGGUCCACAACCAAUACGGACGUUGACUGGGAAUAUAGAAAGCCACAAAGCCGGUAUUCGAAUCACAGACUUACCGCAGACAAUUCAGGAUGCCAUCAGAUUCUCGCGACAGCUGGGAAUCAAGUACCUGUGGAUCGAUUCGCUGUGCAUUGUACAAGAUAGCGUUGAAGAUAAGCAUCGAGAAAUUGCGAGGAUGGCAAGCAUCUACCAGAAUGCAUUUGCAACCAUAGCAGCGACAAAUACAUCGCGAUGUACUGACGGAUUUCUCUCGAAAAGAGUCCGACCGGAACGUGAGAUAAUCGUCGAGGAUCUUCCUUGGAGUUGUGAUGAUGGCAGCUUCGGUCAGGUAUCGCUACACUGGCAAUUUUGGCGUCGUGUAGAUCAGGAGCCACUCAAUCAGAGAGCUUGGGCUCUCCAAGAGCGUCUGCUUUCUCCACGCGUGCUGUCAUUCGGGUCUUAUCAGUUGGCGUGGGAGUGUCAAACUGCAAGAUAUACCGACGGUGGGAAUCCUAGAAGUGUAUACGACAUGGGCAUCAACAGAUUAGAGUCGUACAUCUUCUCUCCCUUGACAGCCUCGACGGUUAAAAAAUCUCCACAAGCCAUGUUCUUACACUACACAUGGACAGACGCCGUUAUGGAUCUCAGCAGACGGAAGAUCACCGAAGAAAGCGAUAAGCUUCCUGCAAUAUCUGGCGUUGCCCAGCAAAUGCAUCUCAUCACUGGAGACAGGUAUUUAGCCGGCUUGUGGAAAGCUUCGCUCCAUUUUGAGUUGAUGUGGUUACAGGAUGCGGCUGCUGAGGAUUUUCAUCAUGCUAAACGACCAACAACAUAUCGUGCACCAUCAUGGUCAUGGGCUUCUGUCGAGGGAGCCGUUGCCUUUUCCGGACCGUUUGAGGAAGAGGAUCUAGUAGCAGAAGCCAUACAAUGCGAAGUACUUCCAGUGGACCCAAGCAAUCUGUUUGGGGCCGUCUCUGGUGGACAUUUGGUCAUAAACGGACCUUUACGCUCACUAGAUGAAAAAUCAAUACUGGAGUAUUUCCACAUCAACUCUACCGACGCGCGCGAGGUAUCUUUAGCCAAGAUCUACCUAGACGGAGAUGAGAUAUUGCCUUCCUCAGCUAAAACUUCGAUGCCUAACGACGUACCAGGCAGCGUUCAAACCGGUCAACGUAUAUGGUUCUUAGACAUGGCUCGCAACAAACAUGGGGCUCCGUUCGGCUACGUUCUUCGUCAACAAACUCAACAAAACAUUCGCGUAUUCCGUCGCAUCGGCUGGUUUGAGAAUACAACGCGAAGCAUCGAUAAACCAUUCUGGACCCAGGAUACCCCAAUAGAAACAAUUACCGUUAUUUGA